AUGGCAACCCAGGCUUCAAAAUGUCAUGGUGCAUUCUUGCUCUCUUUGUUUUUCUUUUCUUUUUUUUUAUACGACUGCAUCAAGUCAAAAUUUUACAUGGUAGUGCUCAUCUCCGGAUCUUCGCAACCGUGCGGUGGUCGAUGGUUUCCUAGAGUAAAAAGAAGAGUCUUUGUCUUAAAAGUUAUUUAUAAACAUUCCUACAAUGGUUUAAUAAUUAUCCGUUACAAGGGAAAAUAUAACAACCUUAAAUGCUGGCCGUUUUUUUUUGCGGUGACUGAAGGACGCGAUUGUUGGCGAGACUUGACUCCACAUUAUUUGACUGUCUUCUUCGUAGUUUUACUAAACCAAAUGGCUCCAAUCACGCGUCGAUAUCAUCGAUAG